AUGGAGAACGAAGAGCGCGAUGAAUAUGAUGAAUAUUUCUGGGAAUUUGACUACGAUUCCGUGGAAGCUGUGACGCCCAGGUUACAGCUUACCUCGAAAAAUGUGCAAAUGGAAUUGGUGCCCAGUAAAAGUGCCAACAAUUUUGAUGCACAAAAGCAAAACAACGCGCACCAGCGAUCCCUGUCCCUUCCUCGCAAUGCAGCAGUCAUUCGCCCCUCAGCCCCUCCUGUUUCCCGUUCCAACAGUACACGCAGAAGCUCCGAUGAGCCACAGAAUGCGCGACUGCGGUCCUUGUCCCUUCCUCGCAGUACUGCAGCCGUUCGCCCCUCAGCUCCCAUUUCCCAGUCUGACGGUACGCGCAGAAGCUCCGAUGAGCCGCAGAAUGAGAAACGUGCUGUGCGUGCAAACACGACAUCUACUGCAGGCAGCGUAGUGGUGACGCGCAAACGCGGGAGACCAAAGGGAACGGGACACAAGCAGCUUGCGCGCAAGGCAGCUGAGGAAGCAGGGGAGGUCAGCGAAGAGCCGAUCAGACGUGGACGUGGACGUCCUCGUAAGAAUUUACAGCUCGUUGCGAGCAGUGUACAUGUGGAGGUUAUUCAGGACAAAAUUCAUAUUCGAGGGACGCCGGGUACUACUGCAUCUACCUUGCAGCACAAAAAUGCUCCCACUAUCGUGUCAGUGCCACCCAUCAUUGAUAACCAAGAUGACCUAUCCCUAGCUCCUGGACACAACACCCAAUCCCCGACAGACGUGACACAGCCCGUGGACAUAUCGUCCAACUGUGAGCCUCUUGACCCACCUCCUGCAAUCCGAUAUGUACUGCCAGAGGAAGACCCGACCCGCCCGGUGGAUGGUGUCGCUGACGAGGAGGCCGUUGACGGUGAUGGAUAUAUUGGAUUAGUGAUGGAUGGAUUAGGACAGGAGGACGAUGUUCCUGUGGAGGAUGAAGAGGCAGAUCCUGGUGAGGUGAAUGCUGGGGAUUCUCCCACUGCGCCGAAAUCAAAGCGCCGUGCUCUUUCGUCUUGGUUGAUGCGCGAAUUCAACGAGAAAGUCACCGAGGCACGCCAGCGUGGAGACAGCGAUAAGUUACCGGCACUGUAUCGGAGUGGCACCUUUUGGUUUCCUCAAAAAUCUCGUUACUUCACUCUUCGCAGUAACAAAGUCUCUCCGCAAGAUCUGUACUCGCCACAGUUCUUUCUAUGGGACCCCCUUCCUUUGACGCCACAUGGCAUCCCCUGUCCGAAAUGCAAGACAAAGCUCUAUCGCGAUGGACAUGUCUUGUACCCUCGGCGCGUUGUUGACUUUGACAAAGCCUUCUGGAUUAUCGGCUACCGCUAUCGCUGCCCAAGCUGCAUAUUUCCAAAGUCGGGCAAGACCGGCAACAUCACAUUUCGCAGCUGGGAUUCUCGCAUCCUAGCACAACUGCCUCCAGAUCUAUGUGCUGAGUUCCCUGCAUAUUUGAGCCGAUGCAGUGGGAUGUCUCAACAGGUCUUCCAGUUUAUGCGCUCGUGCUUCCAGAAUGGUAUGGGAGCAAAGCAAUUCUCUGAUACGCUGCGAGUCCAACAUCUUCGGCACUAUGAUCUCAUGCAACUUCAGUAUCUCCAAUUCCUCCAAGGUCAUCGUGCCCUCGGUGAAUGGCUGGGGGACCGCACAUUUGCACCUUUUCUUCCGUUUGAUGACACCUCUCUCGACGGAUACCAUGAUUUUGUCCCAAGCUCGCAGUGGCUCCGUAAUAUGUAUGACCAGUUUAUGGAGGGGCAUGAACAUGAUAUCAAUCAGCACACAUCAAUGCUGACUGCUGAAAUCUGUGCAAUUGACCACAGUCAUAAGAUCACGAAACAUGUUCUAAAGAUGAAUGGAGUUGAGAUUUACUGCAGGCUUCUCACUGUCACCAAUGAAAGGGGUGAGAUCCGUGUGUGUAACCUUGUUGCAACCAAGGCUCACUCACAAUUUGAACUUGCUCUCGUGCGCAUGCGAGAAUCCUUGGAGCUAUAUGGUCAUCGGCAACCAACUCUCUUCUACACUGAUAAUAUGGCAGACAAGCAAUUUCUGGAAACAUCUUUCCCUUCUCUUCGUGAGAAUGUCAUUCCAGUGGAGAAGUAUGCUCAUCUUGAUCAACUUGUAAUCCCAUCGCAUGUCAAUGUCUAUGUGAAGGAGACUGCAGAUGCCAUCCAGCAAGCGAUACUGACAAUCAUUGAUCAAGUUGAUGAAAACAAUCCAAUAACCGUUGGUUUUGAUGCAGAGUGGAAUGUGGACUUAGCGGAAGCUGGUCAGAGCCAUGGUCGUGCACGAACAGCAAUUAUCCAGAUUGCUUUUGGCAAUCAAGUGUACAUCCUCAAGAUAGGGCAAAUUCUUGCUGCAGGAGCCUUUCCAACAAGUCUUCAGUCAUUUCUUUCUAGUCAUCAUAUCCGGAAAGUUGGCCGCCUUGUGGAUGUGGACCUGUGUCAUCUUGAGAUGGAGACACACUCUUCCAUGCCUUUCACAGGUGGCUUUGAUCUGGCGAAGAUGGCAAAAGAACGACAUGUUGUUUCUAGUGCACAAGUUAGUCUUUCAGACCUUUGUGCUGUUGUCCUGCAGAAAUGCUUGGACAAGUCGGUUCCUGAGCGUGUCUCUAUGACAUGGGAAAAUGUGACUCUCACACAGGAACAGAUUAAGUAUGCUGCCCUGGAUGCUUAUGCAUCUCUGCGGAUAUACGAGGAGCUUCAAAAGGUACCCGCACCUGGACCCUUGCCACUGAAUCCACUUCCAUCACUUCCAGUGCUGCUGUAUCACACCGACAACACUCGCUUGAUUGCCAAAGGAAUUAUCUCACACUACGCCAGCAAAGACAAAUAUGAUGAGAUCAAUCUCACAUCAAAACGGACUGUGAUUCAAGUUGAUGAAGUCCUUGUUCCUGGUGCAAUCAUUGGAACACAUCACAAACGUGCUCUCACAGAUUUUGGAUCACCACCCUUUGACCUUGUAUGCUUGCAGUCACAUCUUCGUACACGCCAAUCAGAUCUGAUAACUUCAGAGGCAUCCCCCUCUGGAUCGCCUCCAUCAGUCAUAUCUUCUGCUGCUGAAAACAAUUCCAGACAUUUUGACGCACUCUCUGAUGGACCUGUGACUGGUUCACACUGCUCUGAAGAUGAAUCAGUGUCACAAGACAAUCUUGAGGGCAUUGGACCAGCAGUGCUUGACUGUGAAGAGGCUGAGCCUGUCCCAUGGGAUUCUGACAUCAGUGGUAUUGACCGAGAUCAGGACAGUGAAGCUACUGGAAAGGCUAUUCUAGAUGCUCUGCCUUCUCAGUGGGACCUACCAAUUCGAAGCCGAGUACUCAAGGAUCCAUUCCACGUGUUUAACAUGCUUUACAUCCCAAAGACACAUGGACUGCGAGUUGCAUUUGCCCAAGCAUUACGUGACACCAUCUUCAUUCCAGAUCAAGGUGACAAGCAGAAAAUUUGUCAAUAUCUCUCCAGUCUCAAUCCACCACGUACUUGGGAGGAUAUGCGACGUGUUUCUCCCAAGUGGCUUUGGAAGCGCUGCAAACGUCUUAUCCCUCCACCAGAAUUGCUGUAUCCUCAUGUUGCUCGCAUUUUUCAGGCAUAUGGACCACUGAAGGAUGCAAAGACAGGCUUACCACUAUUCAAUAUAGCAGCUUGGCAUGUUGCAAAGAACAUCCUGUCCCUGAUCCAACUGGGCUACUUGUCGGAUCCACCUGGAAUUGCACUCUAUUAUACUCUUGGAGUGGAUGAAAAGGCAGGAAGACUCCCCAUGUAUCGAUGUAUCCGCGGAACUAAUUGGACAGAGGGCGGAGUGCAUAAACAUCUGCGGUCAAGAUUACCCAUAUCCGGUGUAUCUCCACGACAUAUGCUCUCUUGCUUGCUUGACUUCAUUUUGCGACACAAUCUCUUGGUCGGAACUUACAAUGCCACGGGUCGGCAAUAUUCAGGUCAUUACGACAUCUGGUUGACCAAUCAGCUACAGGAACUCACCGCAGUGACCGCUGACAUUAUUCCUGAUGCUCGUCAGAUGGGCAGUUGGGUGAAUGGCAAUCUAUACAGGCCAAGUUCUGAGGUAUUCGGCAUCCUACCUAUCCCAGAGGAUGUGAGGGUGCAUAGCGGCAUGCAGCAAUACCAACCAACCUUUGAUCAAAAGCAGCAGCAUACAUACCUGGCCGCCAAGCAGGGAACUCGGAAAGCCGUGCUCCCACUUCAUUCGGGAGCAGAGUACCAGUUAUUCAGCAAGCUUAUGCAGGAGGAACCAGCCUUUAAUCAGACUGACAAAGAACCAGAAUGGGUUCAAGCUGUGAGGAUAUGGAAUCGGGUUGCGGAGUCCAAUCCCGAAAUUUUAUACAAGCUCGUUGAACACCUCAAGAGCUAUUAUGCAACAUGGAAGAGUAAUAUGAAUGUCAAAUAUAUUCUGGCACAGACACACGAGAGCAGAAAAACUAUUGAUACCACAGUCCGUGAUCCACUCAGAUCGAAGCAGGCGCCGCAAGCCUUGGAACGUACCCGACAACGACCCGACAUCUCCGCAGGUCUUCUCCCUCUUCCGAACGAGCAUUCCGCCGUUGACGACUCUCCGUGCCCCGUGCAAUAUGCCCAAGGUCUGUCGGGCAUGGCAUCCGAAAGUGAGCAAAGUUCAUUGCCAUUGGCACACACAGAAUUAUUCGCUGCAGCACCAGUACCUGCAUCGACACAUUCUACACUCCAAGGGCCAAGCUCCUCCAUGGCAUCUCCAACCACUCCGCUCCUUCUACCAUCCACGGGAAUGGUCAACCCUGCACGUCAGUUGGAGGCACUCGCGCGCAAACGUGCGCUCGAUGCAACCUCCGUUGAGCGGCCGAUGAAGAAGGCACGGAAAGAACGUACCUGUCCGAAAUGUGGUUCCGCGAAGUGCAACGGACGGCAGGCAGCAUGGCGCUGCCCAAACGCAUGCCGCGACUGCGGCAAAAAGGCAUGUCGAGGUCGUAAUAGCAAAAGGCCGAAUAAGCCAUGUUGGGAUGGUUGGGUCGAUGGCUAG